UAUAAAUCAAAAUAAAUUCUGCAUCGUGGAGUUCCCGGAAAGACGAAAGACAGCCAAAGUUUCAGUCCCACCAUUACAGGGCGUGCAGCAGAGCAAGCGCGCCACUUUUUCUCCUCCUCUAUAUUUCUUUUUAAUUCAAAAAAGGAGGAAACUUUCCACUCCUCUCUUCAUCCCCUUCACCACUUUCCCUCUUCUUUUUCUUCUCCUUUUCAACGCCGAGCACCAAUCUCCUCUCUCUUCUUCUUUCUUUCCCUUUCUCCCUUUUGUGCAGUUAUCCCCUCUUUCUCCGCGCACAUCAAGGAGCCGCUGGAGAUCCAUCUUGAGGUCCCUCAGUAAUCGUCGAUCAAUCCCGUUUAGCCACCGGGUGAAACUGCACGUCUUGCUACCAUCACCAUUGCCACAAGCAGCAGCGGACUGCUACCAGACCAGACAACUCUGCCUGUAUAGCCAAACUCCAUGGAUAUAGACGAUAUAUUUUCAGAGCCUGCUGCAGCCAAUGCUAGGGCUGGUGGCAAGUUUCGACCUAGGGCCAAGCCUGUGCUUAGGCAAGGAACAAGUGGAGAAGUUCAUUCGUCCCAUUCAAAUGUUGUAACAGAAGAGCCUUUUACUUCAGUCCCUAAUAUCUCUGAUAAAAUGCAGUUCGUUAGAUCUUUAGGUACUGGAGAUACUUGUGGUGAUCCACACUCUAGCUUCGGAAGAUCCACAGGAGAGAAUGCAGAUAUAUUUUCUGGUUUGGAAUGUCUGGAUGAUUUCCUCAGGCAGUCUAGUAGUGGGACAGUGAGUAAUAAAACCAAGUUGCAAGACGCUGAUGUUGGUACCCAACCUGAUAACGGGUUACCAGUGUCCUGUGCUGUAAAUACUGAUGCGGGAGACUUUCUUUCUAGUAGAGAGUUACCGGCUCAUCAAGGAGAAGCACCAUCUCUUGUGAUUCAAGACCCGAUAAUAUGGACAAAUUCCAGUGAUGGAAAUCUUCAUAGUGACAAUUCGAUUUUGCAAAUGGAGGAAGCUGGGGGCUUUUGUGGGACCUAGAACCUUUAGAUAUUAUGUAUGAGAUUCCCACUGCAGCAGGUCGACGUACUGGAAAGUUCCAACCUAAACCGAAGCUUAAGUCUAAGCUACAAACUGGAGAAGAGAAAGCUGGUGCUAACAUCCCUCAAGCUGAUGCAGUUACAUGUAAUAUGCAUCCACCAAAUUCUCAAUCUGUUCCUUAUGAAAUGGAACGCAAUGAUGAAGGCUCAAUUCGUGCUUUUCAAACUGAUGAUAUUCUUGAUUACACAUCCAUGAGCUUUGAUGCUCAUACUAACCAAGAUAUUACUACCUCUGAACUCCCAACUAAUGAAGAAUUGAGAAAGGAUACUUCUCACUCAGACGGUGCUGUAUUUGGGGAUUUGUUGCAUUCAGAGAAUGUUCCUGAAACAUCUGAAGAACUGAGCUCAGAAAAUAAGAAAAGAAAAGCUUCCGCAGUCUCAGGCCUUUCGCAAAAGUCUGGAAAAUCUUCCUUGACUACUGAGCAUCCUGAAGAUGGCAAAACUUCAAGUCAGCUAAGGAAGCGGGUAAGUGCUCGUGAAUGGAUUGAUGAGCCUGAGGAUCCAGCUGAAGGUCCUGGUAAUUCUGAUGUAAAUGAAGAUAAUAAUAGUGAAUACACAGUAGAAGGAAAAUCACAAAAAAGUGGGAGAAAAUCAAAGAAACCUGCAACUGAGAAGGAAAAACCAGUCCGAAAGCGUGAAAAAGUGAAUGAAGCACCAGAUCAAUCAAGUCAAGAGCCCCCAAAGAAGUUCUCUUGUUCAACUCGUCGAAGGAGAAAAUUGGACCAAACUUUGCUUGAAACACCUGAGGAGGAAAUGAGAUUUUUGCCUUUUAAGGAUAUGAUUCUCCUUGCCGAGCAUAGGGAACAAUUGGUGAAAAAAGAGGCAAAAGCAUCACAAGUUCCUUCAGCAAAUAAAAGGUUUGAUUUUUCGUAUUUAAAAUCUUUUCAUGGCUUUUGUAUUUUAAGUUAUCAUUUCAAAGAAAAUCUAAAUGUUCUUUGUAAUUUCCCUACUCAUCCAUUCCAUGCUUAACUUGUAAAACAAUUUUCAUUGUUUCCAUUUCUUUAAUAAAUUGUUGUGUAAGUGCUCAUGAAUAGGUCUAUAUUGGCAUUGAGGUGGCUUUUUAACAGCAUUGGUCAGUGCUAUGGAGGAUGAUCUGAAGAAUCCCAUUUCACAUAUCUGAUAGCAUUAAUUAAUGCUUAAUCGAUAAUGUCCCUAAUUUAGGAUCUGAUCAUAGUUUGGAUUUGAGAAAUUGGAAAGAGGAUUUGCAGACUGUAAUUUCUGCAACUUUCUUUUGGCACUAUGUUCACUAAAGUGAUCUGGACUUGUUUAGAGAGAACUAGAUGAUCUCCAAGAGUAAAGUAUUAGAAAAAUGUGUGUGAACCUUCUCUUGAUAUCUUUAUUCCCUCACAGAAAAGCCUUUUAGGCCUUGUAAGUAGUUUUAGUACAUAACAUUUAUCUCCCUCGGAAAUGUGCUUGUCCUCAAACACAAAAGAUGGGCUGAUGGGGAAUAAAAUCCACCUAGAAUUAAUAGCCUCAAAAAAACAUCUGAAGGCAUCAUCCCAAAUGUAGAGGUGAAAGCUAUAAUGAGACCCAGGGUACCCAGGUUUCCUUAAUAAAUUCCUCAUUGAUGUCAGGGCAACCAGGAAGUUUGCAGUCAUUUCCAAGGAAGAAUGAUUUGUGAAGAAUCUCCAAGGUUUAUUAAAUUUUCAUUAAGCCGUGCUUUUUAAAUUUAUAGGCAUCACAAAUCAAUGGCUCAGAUUUACAAGGUCUAAACAUGCUAGGAUAAAGUUUUUCAGAAAAAAAGAGGGAUGACCUAAUUGCCGAAGAAGUUGGAUCGCUUGUUGGUUGUCAGACCCAGGGGCAUUUAUCAUGGCUUGGUUGUGUUGAGAAACCAGUGAGAAGUUACUUUCCACCAAUACAUAGAGGCGUCUUGUAGUCACUGGUAGCUCAUUGCUUUUUCUGUUUUCAGUUCCUAAAAACCGCAACAAGAAGGAUAACACUGAGCUUUACAGUUAAGGUAAACUGUAAUUACACUAGUAGACAGAAGGCUAUCAGGAAAGUCAGGAACAUUAAGGAUGGAUGAAAGUGUAAUGCAAGGAGUGCAAGUAAUGGAACUCGUACUGGUGAUGUAGGAUAGUGAUUUGUCUGCACUGUGGACUUUAUCAUUACUUGAGCACGAAGUAUAGGUUUCAAAUAAUUUUGAAGAGCCUGUCAUAUGGGUUGAAGUUCCUGAAUCUAUAACUACGAAUUAUUUUUGAGAUAAGCGAGAAACGCAAUACCUGAUUUAACAAAGUUGGAAGUUGCAAUAGUGGCUAUUUGAGAAUUAAACUUUGCCAAAAAUUUUAUUUGUAUCUCUUCAUUAGAAGAAUUUCUAACAUUUGAUGCUUCACCAGUUAUGGUGUUUCUAUAGUCAUAAAAAUUUGGUUGUGGUCUUGCUGUACCAUUUUCCCUACCUCCACAACCUUGGGUUAGUUGGCCAUUAAGCUUCCAAGAACUCUCAUGUGUCUUGAUUUACUUGGUUACUAUUUUUAGGCUGUUCACUGGAGACACCAACAACUAACUCAUCAGUUUGAGAUAUUACACUCCUACAACUUUCUUCCUGCUGAACACAAGAAUAAGCCAUUCCUUACCAAGAACUUAAACUCGGCUUGGGUCAUA